CGUCGACUCAAUGAUACACUCUAAGUUUGCGCUCUCUCUGAUUGGCGGAGGCGCGUCACGUGGUCGCUAGGGCUGUACCAUAUUUGGAAUAAUGUGCUAUUAAAAGUGUGCCGGAGGUUUCCUGGCGAACAGUAUAAGCUAUAAUUCAUCAAAAAUUGCGAGGGGAUAUUGGCAGAAUUAUAGCCGCUCACAAAUCAAAAGGAACUUAUGAGUUCGUAUCAGUUUGUCAACUCGCUGACGUCGUGUUACAGUCAAGCCAGACAAGAUCCGACGGCUCAGGACUAUUACACGCCGCCGGUUCAGGCGUACGGGACUUGUUUUAACGGGCCCUCGUCACCGGUUCAGCCGCAGACAUACGGGGCUCCUUAUUCGCAACAUUUGCAGAGUUCACAGAAUGGGGACCCUCACCAUUUCAGCAGCUGUUCGCAGCAGCAGAGACUUAGCCAUUCCAUCAGUAGCCAGAGUCCACGGACUCCGACGCUCUCCGUGACUCCCGUGCCGAGCUGCAAGUAUGCGGAGCCGCCGACGGUCCAUGCCGCUUCGCCGCAAGAUCUCUCGACGACCAGCAGCAGCUCUCAGCCCCCGGAAAGUCCAGAGCAGGGCGAGUCUCCGACACCGACUUCUAAGUCGUCGACGAGUCGGCAUUUGAGUCCAGAUUCCUCACCUGAAGAUUCCAGUCCCCAGCAGUCUCCCUCACCCCAGCAAACUUCGCAACAGUCUCCGAAAGGCAAUGCUUUCCAAGGCAAUCAACCGCAAAUCUAUCCAUGGAUGAGAAAAGUUCAUGUCGGUCAAAAUGGUGUGAAUUCCAUGGGUGAGACGAAACGCCAAAGAACCUCCUACACUCGAUAUCAGACCCUGGAGCUGGAGAAAGAGUUCCAUUUCAACCGCUAUUUAACACGUCGAAGACGAAUUGAGAUAGCGCAUGCCCUCUGCCUCAGUGAGAGACAGAUCAAAAUCUGGUUCCAGAACCGCCGCAUGAAGUGGAAGAAAGAGCACAAGAUGGCUUCAACAAUGCCACCCCAAAUACCUCAGGUUAUACCGGAUCAUCUUCCACACCACAUGCAUGGGGAAACCAAAGCAUAACUCAUUUCUAAUUGAUGCAUCAAACAUUUCAGUCACAAAAGGCCAUGUAUAUCUCUCACAGCUUUAGAUCUUGUUUGCACGGACCUUCGACACAAACAAUUGGUGAGACAGGGACUCUACUUGUUUCCUCUAUUUAUCAUAUAGACUAGGAAAAGAUGUGACUAUAGAAGCGAUGGUGACAACCGAUCCUCCCAUCGAUUCCUCCCGUUUAAUUCGACAUCAAGUCUCUAUACUCGUAACUGUUAAAAUAAACUUUUUUUAUAUACUGUAAAGAAUUAUUGUAUGAAUUGUGAACGAAAUGAUAAUGUUGUGAUAAGACUGCUGCUACAUGUGUCCUCCUUCAUCGAAUGGCCGACAUUGAUUUUUUAGUCUCUGUGGUGAUUAAGGGUUCAAAAGAUUUGAAUUGGAAGGUAACAGUUUGAGACAGAAAAUUAACUAGGGGGAUUAGACACUAUAUGUAUUCCUUUUAGUGAUUUGAUCUUAACGAGGUAAUGAGGAUAUUUGUUCCUUAAAAUCACAAAUUAAACAAGCAUCUUUUCUUGUAUCUACGUUUCACAGACAUAUUUUCCCUGAUGGAUUUUUAAUGUUCGAAACAUGACCAUAAUCAUUUCCUUUCUGUCUAUGCUUGAGUUGUACUUAGCUGCACGAGGAACGAGGAAGAUUAAAUGUAGGUACCUUCCAGGUCCGAAAAACUCAAGUCCUACUCUGGACGGAACUUUCUUCUCUGGUCACCAUGACAACGUACAAUGUGAAAAAAAAAUGCAGUAGAAUAAAAAUGGAACAGGAAAAGAAGAGAAAAGAAUAUCGACAGGCUGCCAUUACUCAAUGUCGAUCAAAAACUGUCGUCUCCUUCGCUAAGCUAUGCUAGAAUCGACUUCUUCACAGCAAUGGCUGCUUACUAAGUCGGAGAAUCUCUAUAGACAGCUGACUAGAAGAUAAAGUGUCGUACAUAAGGUAUAAAAUGCACGUAAGGAGUUGCUCUGAUAGAAAAUGUAGCUCUGAAAAGUAUUUUCUUUUUUCGUGUUUAAAGUUGUUUAAAUGCAGAAAGUGAAAAAAAAAGAACAUAAAUAAUUGAAUGAAAAUGAAGUUAAAAUUCCUCAUAUAUGAAAGCAUUUAAUACGUGCUUAUACGUAUUGAAAGCAAUGAUCAAUGUUUUAUUCUGAAAACUGGAUAAUUUUUAUUAGCAAUAAUUA